AAAGGACGAGCUUCGAUACCACGUUAUGUGAACUCGGUGUUCCGCUCAGUCGACAGCCGGACUUGGCCCUGAUUGGAUCCAACCACAGUAAUCUUCGCUACCAUACUUCUCCGUUUCCGUAGAUAAUUAUCAAGACGGUUCACUUUCACUCGACAUGCUGAGGGAAACGUUGUUCGUUUUCGCGGCUCUCGUCGUCUUUCUUGUCUCCGCAACACAGGUUAAUCAAUGUAACGAUAUACCUUUCGAGGAUGAAAAUCAGGUGAAAAUAUCUGGCUGCGACUCGCCACCGUGUAAUUUAAAAAAGAAAACUCGAGUUAGCAUAGAACAAACUUUUGUAGCUGAAAAUGAUGCUAAUGAAUUGUUAACAUCUGUUCAUGCUACGUUACUUGGUAUCGAUUUGCCCUUCAUAGGCGUAGAUGGUACGAAUGCGUGCGAUAAUAUUUAUGAUGUCAAUAAUAACAAAGUUGGAUGUCCUGUGAAGAAAGGUACAACGUAUAUCUACAAAACUGAUUUUCCCAUAUUGGAAAUAUAUCCAAAGGUAAAUUUAAUUGUGUACUACGCCCUACGAAAUGGAAAUGAUAUUAUUACUUGCUUCAAAGUACCAGCGAAAAUUACUGGCUAAAAUAUCUAUUUCUGUUUAAAACCUAUAGCAUAAGUCGUUGAGAAGGACGAAGGUUAAAUGUUUCAAUUCGUCUCGAUGAUUCGCCUUGUCUCUUGCCUGCGAGCAUGUUUUAGGGAUAUAAAAUAUAUAUAGAUACAUGCAUAUAAAAUAUAAUAAAACUUUUGCGCAAUGUUUUCGUA